AUGACGGAAAUUCGAGACCAAUCGAUUCCACGCGAAGAACGGGUCCUGCUCGCCGUCAAGGCCUAUCAGCAAGGCCAAUUCGACAGUACCCACAAGGCCGCAACGGCAUAUGAUAUCCCUCACUCGACAGUAUCUGGUCGACUGCGCGAGACUGCCCUCGUACAAUGGGUCUUGUCGAUGGACGAGCGAGGGAUGCCGCCGACAGUGGUCUACACUCGCCGCAUGGCCAACUUGUUGCUCUCUGAGCGCGGCCAAGAAACUGUCGGCGAGAAUUGGACGAUCCAAGAAUGGUACGAUCGAGUGGCAAUGGCGAAGCAGAAAUGGGGGAUUCUUGACGAGGAUGUCUACAACUUCGAUAAGACGGGGGGGGGUUCAAAUGGGAGUCAUUGCGACGGCAAGAGUCCUUACUCGGUCUGA